ACUACAUCACUGCCCUUGCCUCCUCCUCACAGCGUUGGUCGCCAUCCAUCCCCUCUCCUCCUGUACCAUAACAGAUGGUGGGAACAACAUUGCAUCCACCGGGCACCAUAACAAUAGAGCGCAGCAUUCAGUCCAGACAACAGUGGCCUCGUAGCAUCAUGCUCCCGGUUCAGGACUGCGAGAGGCUCUGAGUGCCGUCGUGAUUUAUUUCACGCGGUACCAGCACCACCGCCACGGCCACGGAGGAACCUUCUUGCGACUGUUUGGGCUCUCCAUCAAGCGGGGAAGAUGGCCGCUAUGAAAAUAUUAACCAGCACAGGGCUCUUCUUGGCUUUCUGUGCGCUAGGGCUUCUCGCCAUGGCGAUUUGCACCGAUUAUUGGUACGAGACGGAUGCGAGGAGACAUCGAGAGAGGUGUAAAAACUAUGCCAACAAGCGGAACGACCCAGGUUACAUCUACAUUUCAAGCCACAACCUCCCCCUUCAGAUGCCUCCCAAGAGCCUGGAGAGGAAAGGUAACGGCCCAGAUGCUGCUCCUCUCAUCAGAGGGAAGCGGCACUUUCUGGCCGCAGCGUCUGCCAUGGAGUCUCAUUGCAGCCGACAGUUUAACUCCACGAUCUCUGGGCUUUGGAGGAAGUGUCACCGGGAAGGAUUCGACCUGGAGACCGAGGACCUUAUAUACAAAGGAAUAAUUCAGAGAUGCACCCCUGUCAAGUAUCACUAUUCUUCGUCAAUCCUACCACGAAAUUUACCAGUCAACAUCACAAAGACCAUACGACAGGAUGAAUGGCAUGCACUCCAUUUAAGAAGAAUGACGGCUGGCUUUGUGGGCAUGGCUGUAUCCAUCAUCCUUUUUGGCUGGAUCAUUGGAGUGCUGGGAUGCUGCCAGCAGCAUGACCUCAUGCAAUAUGUAGCUGGGCUACUCUUUCUCAUGGGAGGAACAUGCUGCAUCAUCUCUUUAUGCACAUGUGUGGCUGGAAUCAACUUUGAGCUGUCCCGCUACCCUCGCUACAUGUACGGCCUCCCCGAAGACAUUAGCCAUGGCUAUGGCUGGUCCAUGUUUUGUGCCUGGGGGGGCCUCGGUCUCACAUUGCUGGCUGGCUUCCUCUGCACAUUGGCCCCCUCUCUGAGCACGCCCGCUCGCACAACAACCCACAAGCCCAGGCAGGAGAAUGGAACCGUGUGACAGUGGCAUGGUGAAGCAACUGACCCACUGAACGCACAAACCACACCUGUCCAACUUUGAUGUUUGACUCUGAAACAGUCUUGUCUAAUCACCAUAUCACAACACCCCCAACAUUGCCAUCCCCUUUCAGUGUUCAGUGUGCCUGAGUUGUGAAGGAAGCAACAAAGUAUCUACAAGCUUCACACUAAUCGUAAAAAAAAAAACCCUAGAGGGACCUCCAGGAACAUUGAGAGAAACGUGUACAGCAACAUAUGACUGGGGAAUGGCUCUCAUAGCA